UAAUUUAUUAGUCUAAACUGGAUAAAAUCUCGCGGCCAUCGUUCUUGCUGCCCAUUCAAUAAUCUUUCUUGUUCUGUUGCAUUAUGGAAAUGGCGAAUGAAUGGAGUCGCACUGCUCUUCUUAUCAUCGACUUCCAGAGAGAUUUCUUUGAUGAACGAUCUGUGUUUGCUGUACCAGGAGCCUACGCCAUACUUCCAAGCGUGUAUGAUGCCCUAGAAUGUGCAAGGAAGCGGGGCAUGUUCGUCGUUUGGGUUGUGCGAGAGCAUGAUCCUGAAGGACGUGAUGUUGAACGCUUUCGACGCCAUCUCUACGGCAGUGGAAAGCAGAAUCCGGUAUCAAAGGGAAGCAUAGGGGCAGAGUUAAUAGAAGGCUUUGAAAUAAAAGAAGGAGAAUACAAGUUGGUGAAAACCAGGUUCAGUGCCUUCUUUGAUACUAACCUGCAUUCCCUUCUGCAAGCGACGGGUAUUACUGAUUUGGUCAUCUGUGGUGUUCAAACGCCAAACUGUAUCAGACAGACUGUUUUCGAUGCUAUAUCUUUGGAUUACCAUUCUAUCACUGUUCUUUAUGAUGCAACAGCAGCUGCUUCAGUCCAAAUCCAUCAUGAUAAUAUCACUGACAUGGAGAAUGUGGGAGUUGUGGUUGUACGAGUCGAUCAAUGGGACGGGUCUGUCGUUGAACCCCUACCUCCCCUACCUACCACGGGAAAUGUAGUUAGUGCUGGUAAAUGAUCUCCUGCGAUAAAUAAUGGUUCGAUCUCAACCUGUGCAAGAUUGGAUGUAUCGAAAUAAUCAAACACAUCGUAUUCCAGGUUAUUGUCGUUUUUUUCUUCUUUUCUUUUGGAGAAAGUAUGAUCAUGGUGAUGGAAUAAGUGAAGUACGUUUUUCAUAUUUUCAUGUAAGAGUCUAGUUGAGUGAUUUGAAGAUUUCAUGUAGGUUUCAACUCUUUAUAAAAGCAACACUUUUUAAAGAACUUGUUUAAGCC